CCUCUGCGACCGGUACCCAUAGCAACAGCAACGGCGGGGCAACUAGAAAGACCUCCCCGUCUCUCCCCUCCCGGGCCAUAGGCAAUUUCUACCUAACAUCAGGGGGAUGGAGCCCAGUCCUUCAGGGCCUCAGGAGAAAAAGGGCACUCGACAUUCAUACAAUUCCACUACACCAGCGGUUAUCACCAGGUCUGAGGAGUAUUUGGCUCGUGUCAGCACAGAACUUGCCAACGAGGCCCUGAUAGGAGCCCAAUAUACAUUGAGCCCUGAUCUGCCCAAGGAACUGAAAAAACUGGACCAGGGAACACAGAUGUCCCGACAUGGUGAUGCCUGCGCUAAUAACAGUGCCCUGCUCUCUAGGCCUAUGUUUUCCGUGCUGCCAACCACUCGGACCAAGGGCACAGAUACUCGUUCUGACAGAAACAGGACCAGAAACAAAACUCAUCUCCUGCCAUCCAGAGAGAUGGUUGAAGAUUUUAAAGAUGACAAGGUAAAAUUGCUGAAGUCAAAAGAGAAAGACCUAUCCCAACACAAGCAGGUAGAGACUGUGCGGCAGGAGGAAACUCUAGGUGGGACCAAGUUUUUGACUACCCGCCGGCCUGCUCGUCGUCACCCUACAGAUCCAGAAGGCCUCUCUUCCCUUACCUCCAGAAAAGUGCAAGGAAAUAUCAAGAAUGUGGCUCAAGGUCCCAUUCUUAACAGUUUAUCUGACAAAUCCCAGGGUGGACUUCUGGCUAUGAGCGUCACCAUCCCUGAGGCCCAAAGAAGAUCUCAAACAAAAGUAACAUUCUUCUUCACCCCCUUCAGCCCAGCCAUACCAGCAGGAAACAGACACUAA